UUGUGGUAUGUUAUUGUCUGUUGUCAUUGUCUCUGUCUGUUCCACAUCUUACUCAUCAGUCAUGUUUUGUUUCCAUUUUUGGUUUAUUCAAGUGUUUCUUUGUUAAUUUGGUUAUCUAUUGUGGGACUUUGUUUAAUUUGCUUUAUCCAUGUUCGCUCUUUUUUUGGAGAUUAAAUAUUUUUUGGAGACUCCCGAACUCCUGCCUUGCCUCUCUGAUCCCCUGCACUUGGGUCCUCCAUGUUUUGGCCUUGCCUUCCUCUCCUUCGAAAAAAAACAAUCACAACAGAAUGAACCAACCAAAACAGGACUCAGCGGGAAGAACGCUGCGUCACCGUGCACGCCACCAGUCUGCCUCCCAGCGCCCUCAGCCUGCCAACCAUAACUACCCUCCUCCAUUGCGGCAGGCUCCCCUUCUGGCUCCUCUGCAGCUGCGCCAGGCUCCCCUUCCGGCUCCUCUGCAGCUGCGCCAGGCUCCCCUUCCGGCUCCUCUGCAGCUGCGCCAGGCUCCCCUUCCGGCUCCUCUGCAGCUGCGCCAGGCUCCCCUUCCGGCUCCACGGCAGCUGCACCCGGCAGCCGCACCAGGCUCCCCUUCUGGCUCCCCGGCAGCCGCGCCAGGCUCCCCUUCCGGCUCCCCGGCAGCCGCGCCAGGCUCCCCUUCCGUCUCCCCGGCAGCCGCGCCAGGCUCCCCUUCCGUCUCCCCGGCAGCCGCGCCAGGCUCCCCUUCCGGCUCCCCGGCAGCCGCGCCAGGCUCCCCUUCCGGCUCCCCGGCAGCCGCGCCAGGCUCCCCUUCCGGCUCCCCGGCAGCCGCGCCAGGCUCCCCUUCCGGCUCCCCGGCAGCCGCGCCAGGCGCCCCUUCCGGCUCCCCGGCAGCCGCGCCAGGCGCCCCUUCCGGCUCCCCGGCAGCCGCGCCAGGCGCCCCUUCCGGCUCCCCGGCAGCCGCGCCAGGCUCCCCUUCCGGCUCCUCGGCAGCUGCGCCAGGCUUCCGUCCUCGCUCCGGCAGCGCUCGUCCAGCGGCCGCCUCCCAAUCUCGAUCUGGCGGCGCCCACCAGACCCUAUUGCCUGGCCCCUGCAUUACCAUUGGGUUCGGCACCAUGAUCGUCUGGCUGAAUGGCCCUGUAAAGACCCUGGUGCUUGGUGUCUUGGACGACAACCUGAACCGCUCAGCCAAGUACCUCACCUCGGGUGGCCUGGAUGGCCACCAGACUGACCUAAGGGGUGGACUCUGAACCCUCCUCCAGGCCCCCUUCCACCGACCCUGGAUUGGUAACUUUUUAGUUGUAACUUUUGGUGUACGUCUGGGAUCCAUUCCUUCAGAGGGUGGUACUGUUUUGGUUUGGGUUGUUUAGUUUUGUUCCAUGUUUUCCUGUGUUCCAUAUGUUUGUGUGCUCAUUUAUUGUCCACCUGUUGUCGUCGACCAAUCGGCUCUCACCAGCCACUAGUCUUGUCCAGGUGUUCCUUGUUGUCUCUUCAAACUGUUUGUAUUUAGUUCACUGGUUUCUUUCACUUCAUUGUAGAAUGUCAUUGUCAGGUGUUAUUGUCCCUGUCUGUUCCACAUCUUCCUCACCAUGUUUUGGUUCCAUUUUUGGUUUAUUCAAGUGUUUUUGUUACUUUGGCCAUCUAUUGUGGGACUUUGUUUAAUUUGCUUUAUCCAUGUUCCUUGUUUGCCCUUUUUUGGAAAUUAAAUAUUAUUUUUUGACACUCCUGCACACCUGCCUUGCCUCCCAGCUUCCCUGCACUUGGGUCCUCCAUGAUUUUGCCUUGCCUUCCUUUCCUUCGGAAAAAAACAAUCUUGACAAUAUUUUCCUCAUCAAAAAACGCAUUACAAAACUUUUUGAGUUGUGUGGAUGCUGGAACGGAUUGAGGACAUUUCUAUUUAUUUCAAUUGGGAUUGACGAUUUGAGUUACGAGUGUGGUCACAGAACAAAUUAAACUCGUAUUUCAAGCCACCACUGUAUGUUAAGCAUGCUGAUGGGAGCUUCCAAAAGCUUAUUCUUUUGUGUACAAUAACAUAUGUUCUAAUA